AUGUCUCCAUCUGACUCUGGCGACGAGAAAAUUGUACUGGAGGAAAGCAAUUCGACGAAAGGUUUCGACGUCGACGUUACGCCCCGUCUCGACAAAUUCGAUGCCGAGUUCAUCACUCAGAGAAUCAUUGAGUCCGAUGAGCUCGAGUACAUUCUUGCUGAAGAUGCGAGCUUUAUCACCAGCAAGGUCAGCGAAAUGGGACUGGACAAGGCUCUUGCAAUCCUUGCUAGCUCUGAGAAGUUCUUCCGUGGUGAUAUGAAUUUUCCCCAGAAAGCUAUGUCGAAGAUUCAGUUGCUUCUUCAAGGCGAGGAAGCGUACGGUCAAGGACCUGAUAAAUUUGAUCUUGACGCUCGUUUGGAAGCGACAAUGAUCAAGUAUCACUCUCCCUACCCGGAGGUACGGUCUGUGUGCAGUCCUGUUGAUGAUCCUACUAUUGUCAGCGAGACGUUUCGAGUUUAUCUAAUUGCGGGCGUUUGGACUGCGAUUUCCUCGUUUGUCAACACGAUGAUUGCAUGGAGACAGCCUCACUUCAGUCUUUCUUCGCAAGUUAUCCAGUUGUUCAUCGUUCCUACCGCCCAGGCAUUUGCAUACAUUGUUCCGAACUGGAGGAUCAAGAUCGGGAAAUAUGGCUUCUAUUUGAACCCUGGGCCUUGGACUGUCAAGGAGCAGACAUUGGCUACUAUUAUUGUGAAUGCGGGUGCGUCUCAGGGUCUGUUUUUGGGAUACGCGCCUAUUCUGCAACUUGAUCUUUUCUAUGGAUUAUCCUGGAUGAGCUACGGAUAUAACUGCUUGAUUUCUUUAUCCUGUCAGUUUAUGGGUCUUGCUAUGGCUGGCCUCAUGCGCCGCUGGGUGCUGUACCCCGUCAAAGCACUUUGGCCUACGAUUCUCCCGACUCUACAAUUGAACAGGACAUUACUGGUCCCAGAGAAGAAGGCAAACAUCAACGGAUGGACGAUGUCAAAGUACAAGUUUUUCAACAUCUUGCUGGCAGCCUCGUUUGUGUAUUUCUUCAUUCCAAACUACCUGUUCACUGCGCUCUCGACAUUCAACUGGCCGACGUGGAUUGCACCUGACAACAGGAAUCUUGCGUUUGUCAUGGGAUCCAAAAUCGGAAUGGGAUUCAAUCCGAUUACUACGUUCGAUUGGAGUGUGAUUAAUCUCAAUUCGCCCUUGGUUGUUCCGUUUUAUACUCUGCUCAAUCCUUGGAUUGGAACGUUUAUUGGAGCGUUUAUCAUCCUUGGGUUCAUCUACAGCAACUACUCCUAUACUGGUUACUUGCCGCCCAAUCUGGGAACGAUCUACGAUCGAUACAGAACAAAGUAUAAUACGACCAAGGUUCUGACGGACGGAUACUUUGACCUGGAGAAAUACAAGGCGUACUCCCCACCAUUCAUCACCGCUGGAUAUAUGGUGCUGCAGGGAGCAGACUAUACUCUGACUACCUUUGGAUUUGUGUACAUCGUGCUCAGCGAGUGGCAAACUAUCAGAGAUGCGGCCAAGGACUUUUACAACAGCUUGAGGAAAAGAACUGAGGCUGAUAAGAAGAUUUUCAAGGACCCGAUGGUCGAGAUGAUGCAGAAAUACGACGAGGUUCCUGAUCUGUGGUACUUUAUCCUUUUCAUUCUGUGUGUCGGGGUCGGCGUGAUUUGCAUCCGCGUCUGGGAUACAGAGCUUCCGGUAUGGGCGUACUUUGUCGUUCUGGCCAUCGUCUUGACGUUGCUUCUUCCUUCGAUGAUGUUGUAUGCUUCGACUGGGUAUAUGUACUCGAUGGCACUGCUGGCGACGCUUUUGGGAGGUUAUUUUGCUCCUGGGAGUGGAACAGCUUGUAUUUUUACGAGAAUUUAUGGGUUUGGUAUUGAUACGCAGACUGAGACGUAUGUCGGUGAUCAAAAGAUGGGCCACUAUGCUAAAAUUCCACCGCGAGCAGUCUUCCGGGCGCAAGUGUUUGCGACUUUGAUCCAGGUCUUUGUUUCAUGCGCGGGUUGGGAAGCUCUCAAGAAGAUCCCCGAUUUAUGCAGCGUAACGCAGGCGUCAAAGUUCACUUGCCCUUUUGCGCACACGAUGUAUUCUCAGAGUAUAUUGUUUGGAAUUAUCGGUCCCACGCGUACUUUUGACAAGCUAUAUCCAUUUUUGAAGUGGUGCUUCUUGCUCGGUGCUGGACUGGCUGUGCCGUGCUGGGCAUUGAGACAGUAUUUUCCCAGACAGUUGCACUACUGGCAGCCUGUUUUGAUUUUAGCUGGUAUUGCAAGAUACGGAUCGUCAUACAACCUCUCGUACUAUACACCAGGCUUGAUUAUGUCAUUUAUCUUCAUGUACUACGUACGCUCCCGAUUCCCGAUAUGGUGGGCAAAGUACAACUACAUCAUGUCCUCAGGGCUCACUGCCGGCACGGCGUUCAGCGCAAUUCUUAUCUUCUUUGCUCUGCAGUACCAUCCAAAGACUCUGAGCUGGUGGGGUAAUAAUGUGAGCUCUGCGGGUGUUGAUGGCAAGUUGGUUGCGAGUGUCGAGCUGAUGCCAGCUGUGGGAUAUUUCGGGCCUGAAGCGGGAAGUUGGGAUUAG